CCUAGAUCUCAGCGAUACGAUCUGUACGCUCGGCUCGGUAGCGGGGAAUCUGCAUACAAACUCAGAUGAGCCUACAGUUACCAUCAUCGCCUCGUUCGAAGGACAUCCCGCCAAUAAUACCGCACACUUGUUCGAACAGCUUUCAAGCCUCGUAAGCAAGGGACUCUAAGGAGGUAUCAUGCGUCGUCUUCGGCUACAGCAGCCAUGACUGAGCUCUGACAUAGCAGCGCAUCUCGACGUUAUGCAAUAACCUGCUUGCUGAGCGUGACACUAACCGCAUCGUUCUUCGCGGCAAGGGAAAUUCUGGCUCUCAGGGCUUCUUCAAAGCGUUCGAGAUGUGGGAGACGGCGCUAUGGGAGGGGCUUCACAUGGUCCGUGUCUUCUUA